GUCAGUCAGUCAGUCAGUCAGUCAGUCAGGACACACAGCAGAACUAAAGAAUGAAGUUUAACACGGUCUUCUGUGUGGUUGGAGCCGUACUUCUCAACAUUGCAGGCUGUCUGGGUCAGUUAGAUGUCUGUGGUCGAGCGCCUCUCAACACUAAGAUUAUUGGUGGACUGAAUGCAACAGAAGGGUCUUGGCCAUGGCAGGCCAGCAUUCAUAUUAAGUCAACAGGAAAAUUUUAUUGCAGUGGGUCUCUAAUCAAUAAGCAAUGGGUUUUGUCUGCAGGUGACGUCUUUGCGUUAGUCCCUGCCUCUAACAUUGUGAUCUACUUGGGACGUCAGACUCAAAAUGGCUCAAACCCACAUGAGAUAUUCAGGACAGUGACGAAAAUCAUCAAGCAUCCUAAUUAUAACAGUCUUGGCAGCAAUAUAGCACUUCUCCAGCUCUCUUCCUCCGUGCCAUUUAGUGAUUACAUUAAGCCGGUCUGUCUGGCUGCUGCUGGUAGCAUGUUUGUUGACAGGACAGAGAGUUGGGUCACUGGAUGGGGCUCGAUCAAUACUGCUGAUACAGUGCAGGAACUCAAGUUUCCUGACAUACUGCAGGAGGUGGAGAAUCCCAUUGUGAACAACAUUGAAUGUAACGCUGCCUAUGGAGGAAUCAUUACAGACAACCUUUUAUGUGCUGGAUUUUUAAAUGAGGACGGAAAAGCCCCAUGUGCAGGAGACAUUGGAAGUCCACUGGUCACCAAGCAGGGCUCCCUCUGGAUUCAGUCUGGAGUUGUAGUCGGUGGUUAUUGUGGUCUAACUGACUAUCCUACUAUAUAUGUCAGAGUGUCUGAAUAUGAGGACUGGAUCAGCUACUACACAAACACCAGUCUGCCUGGAUUUGUCUCAUACCCCCUCAUUUUGAUUUUCACUAGUAGAGGAUCAGUCAACCUCUCCUCAUUUCCCCUUGCUCUCGCAUUCUCCAUCAUUUCUCUCUUCAUCUCACGCUUCUUUUAAAGAUUGAGACAUAAUCUGUUGGAUGUGGUACUGCAGCGAUUAUGACAAUUUACUGUACACACUCGCAUAAAUGGGUGAUAUGGGCAUUUCUUUUUAGAAUCUUUUCUUUGGUGGAAAUUAUUUAAUUUCAAUUUAAUUUGUGGUCAGUUUAUAUUAAGCACAAAACUUUGCUGUAAUUAAGCAUUCUUUUGAAAGAGAAGCUUUACACAUUGUAUUCAUUUAUAAGCGCAAAUCAAUUAACAUGCACCUGUUGCAAUAGAUUAAUAUCUAUUUCUGUAUUUUCCUCAAACUAAUCAUUCACUAUGCAAA